AUGAGCUUAACAUCCUGGUUUCUUGUGAGCAGUGGAGGCACUCGCCACAGGCUGCCCCGGGAAAUGAUUUUCGUCGGGCGUGAUGACUGUGAGCUCAUGCUUCAGUCUCGUAGUGUGGAUAAGCAACAUGCUGUAAUCAAUUAUGAUGCCUCUGCAGAUGAGCACUUGGUGAAAGAUUUGGGCAGCCUAAAUGGGACUUUUGUGAAUGAUGUAAGGAUUCCAGAACAAACAUAUAUCACCCUGAAACUUGAAGAUAAGCUGAGAUUUGGAUAUGAUACAAAUCUCUUCACUGUUGUACGAGGAGAGAUGAGGGUUCCUGAAGAAGCUCUAAAGCAUGAGAAGUUUACCAUUCAGCUUCAGCUGUCCCAGAAAUCUUCAGAUCCAGAAGUAUCAAAGUCUGCGUGUGCCAAAACCAUAGACUCAAAGGUUGCAGAUGCUGCAGUGGAAGUGCAGCCCAAAGCUCCCGAUGCUGUAAAGUGUGAGGAGAAAGCCACAGGUAUUUUUGCUAUGCCUCGUGGUACUCCACUGUAUGGUCAGCCAUCGUGGUGGGGGGAUGGCGAGGUGGAUGAGCAAAGAACUGUCAAGUCAAAUGGCAAAGCUGAAGAGAAAAGUCAUGAAGCUGGAGUAUCAGGGUGCAGCCUAGAUUCCAAGCAAGUUGAGGAACAAUCUGCAGCUGCAAAUGAAGAAGUGCUUUUUCCUUUCUGUAGGGAACCAAGUUAUUUUGAAAUUCCCACAAAAGAAUUCCAGCAACCAUCACAAAUUACAGAGAACACUAUUCAUGAAAUCCCAACAAAAGAUACACCAAGUCCCCACACAGCAGGUGCAGGGCAUGCUUCCUUUACCAUUGAAUUUGAUGACAGUACCCCAGGAAAGGUGACUAUUAGAGACCAUGUGACAAAAUUCACUUCUGACCAGCGCCACAAAUCAAAGAAGUCCUCUCCUGGAACUCAAGACCUGCUGGGGAUUCACACAGGAAUGAUGGCACCAGAAAACAAAGUAGCGGACUGGCUAGCUCAGAACAACCCUCCUCAGAUGAUGUGGGAAAGAACAGAAGUGGAUUCAAAAAGUAUUAAAAGUGAUGUUCCAGUUUACUUGAAAAGGUUGAAAGGAAAUAAACAUGAUGAUGGCACACAAAGUGAUUCAGAGAAUGCUGGAGCCCACAGACGCUGUAGCAAACGAGCAACUCUUGAGGAACAUUUGCGGCGCCACCAUUCAGAGCAUAAAAAGCUGCAGAAGUCUCAGUCGACGGAAAAGCAUCAGGACCUGGCUGUUACUAGCUCUGCGCAUCACAGAGGGGGGCAUGGUGUUCCACAUGGGAAAUUGUUAAAACAGAAAUCAGAGGAGCCAUCGGUGUCAAUACCCUUCCUACAGACUGCACUAUUCAGAAGUUCAGGGAGUCUUGGGCACAGACCGAGCCAGGAGAUGGAUAAAAUGUUAAAAAACCAAGCUGCUUCUGCUACUUCUGAAAAGGAGAAUGAUGAUGACCAAAGUGACAAGGGUACUUACACCAUUGAGUUAGAGAACCCCAACAGUGAGGAAGUGGAAGCGAGAAAAAUGAUUGACAAGGUCUUUGGAGUAGAUGACAAUCAGGAUUAUAAUAGGCCUAUUAUCAGUGAAAAACAUAAAGAUCUAAUAAAAGAUUGGGCUAUCAGUUCUGCUGCAGUAGUAAUGGAAGAACGAAAACCACUUAGUACACCUGGAUUUCACAGCUCAGAGGAAAGCACAUCUUCACCUGGAAGUAAGCGUUGGGUUUCACAGUGGGCUAGUCUGGCUGCAAAUCAUACAAGACAUGAUCCAGAAGAAAGGAUAAUGGAAUUGACUGCACCAGUUUCAUUAGAAAAUGAUACAGAUAUUAAUGAACCUGGCCUUUCAGUGAGAAGUACUGGUUCAGCAACUUCAUUGGCCACUCAAGGGGAGAGGAGGAGACGAACUCUUCCCCAGCUUCCAGAUGAAGACAAGGCUCUUGAGAGCUCCAGGGUGAAGGCUGUGACCCAGAGGUCGGAGAUAGGAGAGAAGCAAGACACGGAGCUUCAGGAGAAAGAAACACCAGCACAAGUGUCCCAGAAAGACAAAUAUGAUGCUGACCGAGCGCUGAGGAAAACGAGCCGGACAGUAAAUGGUGAGACUCAGAAGGCUGUCAUUGGUGAUCAUAAAGUGCUGUCUAGCGUAGGCAAGGAGAAAAGUGAAACGGAUAAAGAAGCUUCUUUGGUAAAACAAACCUUAGCCAAGAUUCAACAGCAGGAACAAAAAGAGCAAGCAGAGUGGACACCCACUAAACCGUCAUUUUCAAAAAAUAUUUCCAGUCUGGUAGACAAAUGCAGAGAAGAAUGUCUUAAACUAGAGUCACAGCCUCAAGAAAAGAUCCCUGGCUGUUCUCCAGGCAAAGGAGAGAGGAUGGUACAAACCGAGGGCAAACGCAGAAAAGCCGAGGAUGUUCUCAAAAGUCAAACGUCAAAGGCAGGAGACAAGAAGGAGUCUUCCAAGUCAUUAGUACGACAAGGAAGCUUCACCAUAGAAAAGCCAAGCCCCAACGUGCCCAUAGAACUUAUUCCACACAUCAACAAGCAGAGCCCAGCCGCACCAUCUUCCCUAGCGUUGACCUCCACAGCAAGGAUUCGGGAGAGAAGUGACUCUGUGGAUACCGAUUCCAUGGACACGACCCUCAUUCUCAAAGACACAGAAGCAGUCAUGGCUUUUCUCGAGGCUAAACUUCGUGAAGACAAUAAAGCUGAGGAAGGCCCUGAGACUCCCAGUUACAACAGAGACAAUUCCAUUUCUCCGGAAUCCGACGUGGAUACUGCUAGUACCAUCAGUCUGGUUACUGGUGAGACCGAAAGGAAGUCAACCCAGAAGCGCAAGAGUUUCACCAGCCUCUACAAAGAUAGGUGUUCUUCAGGCUCUCCUUCCAAAGAUGCUGCAAAAGCAUCAUCGUCUUCAGGUGCAAGGGAGAAGAUGGAAAAGAAAACUAAGAGCCGGUCCACAGACACGGGCUCGAGAGGAGAGGGCCGUAAGUUUGUACAGUCCAGCGGGAGAGUGAGACAGCCUUCAGUAGACUUAACGGAUGAUGACCAGACCUCCAGUGUACCUCACUCUGCCAUCUCGGAUGUGAUGUCGUCCGACCAGGAAACUUACUCUACAAAGCCUCAUGGAAGGACUCCACUUACCUCAGCUGAUGAACACGCACAUUCCAAACUGGAAGGAAGUAAAGUCACUAGAUCGAAGACAACUCUUGUCGCGUCUGGUUCGUCCAGCAAAUCAACCACUCUGCCGAGGCCGAGGCCCACCAGGACUUCCCUGUUGCGCAGAGCUCGGCUUGGUGAAGUGUCAGACAGUGAGCUGGCAGAUGCUGACAAAGCAUCUGUUGCUUCUGAGGUCUCCACCACGAGCUCCACGUCUAAACCGCCCACAGGCAGGCGCAACAUCUCUAGGAUUGAUUUGCUGGCUCAGCCCCGCAGAACAAGGCUUGGCUCAUUAUCAGCACGCAGUGACUCGGAAGCAACAAUAUCUCGAAGCAGUGCCUCUUCCCGGACCGCAGAAACUGUUAUUAGAAGUGGAGCCAGAUUAGUACCAUCAGAUAAAUUUUCUCCCAGAAUUCGAGCCAACAGUAUCUCCCGACUCUCAGACUCCAAGGUCAAAAGCAUGACUUCCUCACACGGCUCUUCUUCAGUAAAUUCAAGAUGGAGGCGCUUUCCUACUGAUUAUGCUUCCACCUCAGAAGAUGAAUUUGGAUCAAACCGUAAUUCCCCUAAACAUACCCGUCUACGUACUUCUCCAGCCCUGAAAACUACUCGAUUGCAGAGCACUGGAUCAGCAAUGCCCACUAGUUCUUCCUUCAAGCAUCGGAUCAAAGAGCAGGAAGACUACAUCCGAGACUGGACUGCUCAUCGAGAAGAGAUAGCAAGGAUCAGCCAAGACCUUGCUCUCAUUGCUCGGGAAAUCAACGAUGUCGCCGGCGAGAUCGACUCGGUGACGUCAUCAGGCACGGGCCCCAGCACCACAGUAAGCACUGCCGCUACCACCCCUGGCUCUGCCAUAGACACUAGAGAAGAGUUGGUUGAUCGUGUUUUUGAUGAAAGCCUCAACUUCCGAAAGAUCCCGCCAUUAGUUCAUUCUAAACCACCAGAUGGGAACAAUUGUCGGUCUGGUGAUGCAAGACCUCAGGCAACAGAGACUUCUGAUCAGUUAACAAUUACAAGGCGGAGGACGUGGAGCAGAGAUGAAGUCAUGGGAGACAAUUUGCUGCUGUCAUCUGUCUUCCAGUUUUCUAAGAAAAUAAGACAAUCUAUAGAUAAAACAGCUGGAAAGAUCAGAAUAUUGUUUAAAGACAAAGAUCGGAAUUGGGAUGAAAUAGAAAGCAAGUUAAGGACUGAAAGUGAAGUCCCUAUUGUGAAAACAUCGAGCAUGGAGAUUUCUUCUAUCUUACAGGAAUUGAAAAGAGUUGAAAAACAGCUGCAAGCAAUCAAUGCUAUGAUUGACCCUGAUGGGACUUUGGAGGCUCUGAAUAACAUGGGAUUUCCCAGUGCGAUAUUACCAUCUCCACCAAAGCAGAAGUCCAGCCCUGUGAAUAACCACAGCAGCCCUGGUCAGACACCAAGCCUUUGCCAACCAGAAGCAAGGGCCCUUCCUUCUGCCGCUGUCUCAGGCUCGGCUCAGUGUGACAAUGCUGAAACAGAAGCUGAUUUCAGCAUACAUUUCAAUAGGUUCAACCCGGAGGGGGAAGAGGAAGAUGUUGCAGUACAUGAAUAA